ACACACUCUCUCUCCUCCUCCUCCUUCCUCUCGAUCCUCAAAUCCUUCGAUCAAAACACAAAUCAAAAUCUCAAAAAAAUCCAUGGCGACGGCGAAGUUCGGACGCGUCCCCAGCAUCCGCGAGCGCGUCGAGGACACCCUCUCCGCUCACCGCAACGAUCUCGUCUCUCUCCUCUCCAAGUACGUUGGACAAGGCAAGGGAAUUCUUCAGCCUCACGACCUCCUCGAUGGUCUCGACACCGUCGUCGCCGAGACUCAAGCGGUUGUCGAUGGAUCCUUCUUUGAAGUUCUCAAGUCUGCUCAGGAAGCGAUUGUUCUUCCACCGUUUGUGGCGAUUGCGUUUCGGCCGAGGCCUGGAGUUUGGGAGUAUGUAAGGGUUAAUGUUUAUGAGCUCAUGGUCGAGCAGUUGACGAUUUCGGAGUAUUUGAAAUUUAAAGAAGAGCUUGUCGACGGACAGCACAAUGAUCCUUUUGUGUUGGAGCUGGAUUUUGAACCUUUUAAUGCGAAUUUCCCACGGCCCAGCAGGUCUUCAUCCAUAGGAAAUGGGGUUCAGUUCCUUAACAGGCAUCUAUCGUCUAUAAUGUUCAGGAAUAAGGAUUGCUUGGAGCCGUUGGUUGAUUUUCUUCGGGCCCACAAGUAUAAAGGGCAUGUGAUGAUGUUGAAUGAUAGGAUUGGGAGUGUAUCAAAGCUUCAAUCACAAUUAUCAAAGGCUGAAGACUAUUUGCUGAAGCUUGCGCCUGAUACCCCCUUCUCGGAAUUUGCUUAUGCGUUCCAAGAGAUGGGACUAGAGAAAGGUUGGGGCGAUACAGCUCAACGUGUAUUGGAGAUGAUCCAUCUUCUUUUGGAUAUUCUUCAAGCUCCUGAUGCCUCUACUUUAGAAAUGUUUCUGGGCAGGAUUCCUAUGGUUUUCAAUGUCGUCAUUGUUUCUCCACAUGGAUACUUUGGCCAAGCUAAUGUUUUAGGUUUGCCAGACACUGGUGGGCAGAUUGUCUAUAUAUUAGACCAGGUUCGCGCAUUAGAGAAUGAAAUGCUUUUGAGAAUAAAAAAUCAAGGGUUAAAUAUUAAUCCCAGAAUUCUUGUGGUGACCAGAUUGAUACCAGAUGCAAAGGGCACUACAUGCAAUCAACGGCUUGAGAGAGUCAGUGGAACGGAACAUACACAUAUUUUGCGGGUUCCCUUUAGGACAGAAAAAGGGAUUCUUCGAAAGUGGAUUUCACGAUUUGAUGUAUGGCCUUACUUGGAGAAAUUUGUAGAGGAUGCAUCAAGUGAAAUCGCAGCAGAACUACAAGGAAAUCCUGAUUUAGUCAUUGGGAACUACAGUGAUGGAAAUCUUGUUGCAUCUCUAUUAGCUUAUAAACUUGGAAUUACACAGUGUAAUAUUGCACAUGCAUUGGAGAAAACAAAGUACCCAGAUUCUGACAUAUAUUGGAAAACAUACGAGGAAAAGUACCAUUUCUCAUGUCAGUUCACUGCUGAUUUGAUAGCAAUGAACAAUGCUGACUUUAUAAUAACUAGUACCUACCAAGAAAUUGCUGGAAGUCAAAAUACAGUUGGACAAUAUGAGAGCCACACGGCUUUUACGCUUCCCGGUCUUUACAGAGUCGUCCACGGCAUUGAUGUUUUUGAUCCCAAGUUCAAUAUUGUAUCCCCAGGAGCAGACAUGUCUAUUUACUUUCCAUACUCAGAAAAGGAAAGGAGGCUAACUUCACUACAUGGUUCCAUUGAGAAACUAUUGUAUGAUCCAGAGCAAAGUGUUGAGCAUGUUGGUAGAUUAGAUGAUCGCUCUAAGCCUAUCAUCUUCUCCAUGGCAAGGCUAGAUCGAGUGAAAAACAUAACUGGACUUGUUGAAUUGUUUGCUAAAAGCAGCCAGCUGAGAGAACUGGUGAACCUUGUCGUUGUUGCUGGAAACAAUGAUGUGAAAAUGUCAAAUGAUAGAGAAGAAAUCAAAGAAAUCGAGAAGAUGCACCAGCUCAUGAAGACAUACAAGCUGGAUGGCCAGUUUCGCUGGAUUUCUGCUCAAAUGAACCGGGCUCGUAAUGGUGAGCUUUAUCGCUACAUUGCUGAUACCAGAGGUGCCUUCAUACAGCCUGCAUUUUAUGAAGCAUUUGGUCUCACAGUAAUAGAGGCCAUGACUUGUGGUCUUCCAACGUUUGCAACCUGUCACGGUGGUCCUGCAGAGAUUAUAGAGCAUCAAGUAUCAGGAUUUCAUAUAGAUCCAUAUCAUCCUGAUAAGGCAGCUGAACAUUUGGUCGAUUUCUUUGACCGUUGCAAGAAGGAUUCUGGCUAUUGGAAAAAGAUAUCUGAUGCUGGGUUGUCUCGCAUUAACGAAAGGUACACAUGGAGCAUAUAUUCUGAAAGGUUAAUGACACUGUCUGGGGUUUAUGGUUUCUGGAAAUAUGUGUCGAAGUUAGAACGACGAGAGACACGUCGAUACCUUGAAAUGUUCUACAUAUUAAAGUUUAGAGAUCUGGCGAAGUCUGUUCCUCUUUCAUCAGACUAAGUCGCAAGUGGAAGGUUUGCAGCCAGGAGCGUAAGCUAGUUUAAUGGUCUUAUAUUGGGUUGUUUUUUGUGCUUUAUUUCUCGCACGACUGACAUGUUCGUCUUGUAACAUAAAUAAGAGACGCAGAGCAAUGUAAGUUCUGAAUCUUCUUUUCUGCGUAUAAAUUUCUUGAAGGGUGUCAUGUUUAAUAGUAAGUUGAGACGAUGUUUGUAUUUAUUACCGUUUUAAUUCCAUACUGUUGUGCAAA